UUUCCGUUGUAUGUCUUGGGUAUUACUUUAGUUACCAUGUUAUUUUUAUUUGCCUUUUAGCAAGACCCAGCUUUUUUUGACAUGCGUAUCAAGCACAUGAGCGAUACUUUGCAGCAGAAUCAGACUUCAGAAGACCAGAAUCCAGUUUUGACCAUCAGCCCUGUACAGACAUCCAGUCAGCAAGAAGUUGCAAAGGAUUCAACUACACCUCAUGGUUCAAGCAUCCUACACAAUAAAGUGGAAGUCAAUGUGCAGGUACUCUUUCAUGAGAAACAGAAAACGGCUGACUACCAAGAAGAAUCAAGUGACGGCAAUGAUGACAUUCAACAUGGCACUACAGAGAAUGAAAUUAUGGAGAAAACGCCCAGCAAUGAAAGCCAUGUAUCUCCUUUAUGGACAGUGUCAGAAUGCAGUGAGAAAGCACUACAUGAACAAAAAAGAAAAGAGCAUGAGUUGCUCCUCCUAGCUCUAAAAUUAAAACAUGGUUUGACCGAUGAAGCACUAGAAGACAUGCUUCAAGUCAUAAAUGCUAUCACCAGUAAACACUCAGUGUCAGCUACUAAACAUCACUUCUACAAAAACAUGACUGAUUAUAGGGACUAUAUUAUUAUCAAGCAUUUCUGUUCAGAUUGUAUGGUCUUAAUGGAAACAAAAGAUGAAAAAGUAGGUUGCAGAAUUUGCGGCAAACAAGUUGAUGCAAAGGAGCACGUGAAAUCGGGCAACUUUUUUAUUGUUCUCCCUCUAGAAGCACAACUACGAAAUAUUAUUGAACAACACAAGUUUUUGCAGUUGACCGUCAAUAACAAGGAUGACGUAAAUGGACACUUGGGUGAUGUAUGUGAUGGUGUGCUCUAUAAAAAGACCUUGCAAAUCUUCACAACUUUAAAUGAUUGCCCCAAUUUUUCAAUCACCUUUAGUUGUGAUGGUGUACCUUUAUUCAAAUCCUCUUCACAGUCCAUAUGGCCCGUGUUGUGCACUUUAAAUGAACUACCUCCCGAUCUGAGAUCUGACCAUAUUAUGUUAACAGCAUUGUGGUUUGGAGCUAAAAAGCCCCCGAUGAACAUGUAUCUUGAACCAUUUGUGAAUGAGUGCAUGGAUCUACAUGAGCGUGGCUUUGAUUGGGUUACAUCUGAUGGUGUACAUGGUACCAGCAAAGUAUAUGCUUUAAUACUUGUAAGUGAUUCCGUUGCCCGUCCACUCCUACAGAACUUUAAGCAGUUCAAUGGGGAGUUUGGAUGUUCUUUUUGUCUUCAGAAGGGAACAGUUGUCGAACGUGGUCGGGGAAAGGCCAGGGUUUACCCAUUUGAGGAAAAUAUAGAACUUUGAUGUCAAAGUCAGACUUUGGAGCUAGUUAUGAGAGCUGUUGAGACGGGCACACCUUCAGCAGGUGUGAAAGGACCGUCGGUGUUGUCCCUUUUACCUGGAUUUGAUAUAAUUGAGGGAUGUGUCCCUGAUUACAUGCACAGUGUCCUCCUUGGAGUUACAAGAUCUAUCACUUCGCUAUGGUGUGACUCUGAAAACCACCAAUCUCCUUGGUACUUAGGCAGGUCCAUACAACAAAUUGACAAACUACUGUUAAAAAUAAAGCCCCCAAGUAAUGUCUCCAGAACACCUCGAUCCAUAAAAGAAAGACGUUACUGGAAAGCCCAUGAAUGGCUGAUGUGGCUACUUUACUACAGUAUCCCCAUUCUUAAGGGGAUUCUACCUGAGAGAUACCUUAAUCAUUGGCUGAAACUUGCAAGUGGCAUAGCUUUGCUGCUAACCACAUCGAUUUCAUCUCGGCAGCUUUUAGAAGCACAGGACCUUCUUCAUCAGUUUGUAUCUGAGAUGGAGCCCCUUUAUGGUAUAGGCAAUGUCAGCUUUAAUGUUCACCUCUGCCUUCAUCUCUCUAGAAGUGUCCAGAAUUGGGGGCCAUUAUGGGCCCAUUCUGCCUUUCAAUUUGAGGCCUAUAACAUGGACUUGAUCGAAAUGGUGAAAAGCACCCAGUCUGUGCCCAUCCAAAUAUGUAAAGUUUUCUGGAUGAAAAAAGCACUUCCACUGUAUGCCAGUCAAACACUGAAAAAUCCCUCCUCAGAGUGUAGUGCUGUUCUUGGGCAGUUAUUGAGUGGAAAACGAGAGCGAAAGCAUGCAGUGAGGUGUUUGGGAAUUACAGCUUUUGGACCACCCAAGAAAAAAAUGAUGGCACAUGAUGACUACAUUGCUUUGCAUAGUGUUGGUGAUAGGGUGGAGAAGCAGGUUGUAGAAUAUUAUGAUCGAGUGUUUGUCAAUGGUGCGAUCGUUCACUCCCAGGCAUACCACCGUUCAAAGAAGAGAAAUUCAACUGUAGUUUGUUUAAAAACUGAAAACACAUACUUCUCAGUUAAAACAUUCAUGGUGACAGAUGUAGGAAACGGCAGUACUUGUUAUGCUAUUGGUCGCUUUUUUGAGGAGGGGAAGCACUGCUUUUCUGCUUGUGUUCAAAAUCCUCUACACUUUCAUUCAGUUGAGAAGGUGCUGUCUCACCUAACUGCUGUACAUGCCUCAGCAAUUGAACACAAAUGUGUGUACAUGCCUUUAGAACAGCACAGAUGUGAUUACAUUUUGAAUUUUCUUAACUAUUAUUUUGGUCUUUUUUUGGUCUGGCAUCAGUGUCAUCAGUUUUUGCAGCUCUGCCAAGCUUUGUUGAAAGCACCAAAAGUUUGUUUUCUUUGAAUGCUAGUGGAGAACCCAGGGUUUGCAUAGCUGCUUAAGUUAAGAGAAAUGCGUUUAAAUUAAGGACCCUGGAUUUUUUAAGACAAACAAAACUGUAUAUUAUUCUGUAAUCUGUAUGCAUCUGCAUAUGUAGUGCAUGUAUGUACUUUCUUACAUAUAUUG